AUGGCAUGCUACAACCAUUUGUCUGGAGCCAUUCCUACCUUCUUGGGUGAAUUAAGUGAGCUUAAAUCAUUGCACCUAAACGACAACAAUCGCUACGGACAGCUCCCAUCAUCUUUCCAAAACUUAUCGAGUUUGGAGACCCUAAAUCUUGGAAACAACAGAUUAAAGGGUAGAAUUCCACCAUGGAUUGGGAAAGGAUUUGAAAAUCUAAGAAUUCUUAGCUUGAGGUCUAAUUCAUUUUCAGGAGAACUUCCAGCUCUGUUAUCAAAUUUAAGUUCACUACAAGUCCUGGAUGUAGCAGAAAAUCAGUUGACAGGCAGUAUUCCAGCUAGCUUUGGACAUUUUAAAGCUAUGUUACAAGCCCAAAUCAUUAACCGUUAUCUAUUGUAUGGGGCUGCCCCUACACACCAAAAUUCCGAAACUAGGAAGCAUCCUGAUAGCUACGUAGGUACUCAUAUUUCAUGUUUAUCAACAAGUACCAUGCAGCUUGGCAACUACUAUGAAAGCUUUAUUGUAAAUAUGAAAGGCCAACUCCUAAGAUACACCAAGACCCUCUCUCUUGUAACCAUGCUAGACCUCUCAGGGAAUAACUUGAGUGGAGAUCUUCCUAUAGAAAUGACAAACUUGUUGGGUUUGAUCGUUCUCAACUUGUCAAGAAACCAUUUCACUGGUCACAUUCCCAAAAGCAUUUCGAAGCUGAAGCAAUUGUAUUCUCUUGAUCUCUCAAGUAAUAUGUUCUCCGGCGCUAUUCCUCAAAGCUUGGGGCCACUCUCAUUCCUGGGAUGUUCACGUUUGAUGAAUCCUCUUUUGCUGGAAAUGUUGGCCUUUGUUGGAAAUGUUGGCCUUUGUGGUGGUCCACUUGCUGUAAAAUGUCCAGGUGAUGACAAAAAUGGGAAAUCGGAUAAGGAAUGGAUGACUCCCAUGGAUACUGGUAAUGGUGACAGCUUCACUGAUAAGUGGUUUUAUUUGAGCAUUGGAUUGGGAUUUGCAGCUGGAAUUCUUGUCCCGUAUUUGAUAACGGCAAUGAGAAAACCGUGGAGUGGAGCCUACUUUGAUGUUGUUGAUAAAGCUGUGGAUAGAAUACUAUAUCUGUGGUUGAAAUAUAGAACCAUAAAGCAGAGGACUAGAGGGAAUCAGCGAAGAAGAUAA